CUGCAUCCUGGAGCCCCACAUGUCCCCGUAGCCAGGCUCUAAUUAAGGAUGCUCUAAAAGCGGCAGGCCAGCUAUGAUGGCCUUGCGGAUCAGAACCAUUGGCCUAAUCUAUUUUUAAAGUGAAUUAAACUAGAAAAAGUACUGUCACUCUAGAGGAAGAAGCCACCUGGGGAGUUAACCCAGAAUAGUUGCUCUGCUUUGAAUUCGCACCCUAUCUCGGUUCAGAAUAAUGUUUCUUUCCACAUAUGCAAGCUCGGUAAGCACAGAAUACAGGGCAUGAUUUAAGCAAGUUCACCCAACAGAUCUAGGAAAAAAAUCUUAUAUUUCCCGAAGUCUUCUCUGCAUUGCCUCCUGGCGACCCACACACGCUCCUUAACGUAGACAUCCUUUGCCAUAACGAAUCUGCCCUCUUUCUUGCUCUGUCCCCUGCAGAGAUCUGAACUCCCUCUCCAGCCCCACGCUGUGGUUUGUUUUAGCAUCCGGAGUGCCAGCUCCCCGUAGCAACCUCUCCUCUCCUCCCCUGUCGUCUGUCCGGCCUUUGUGCUGCUCGCGCUCAGGAACGAGCAUCUCGAGUGCUCCUCUCUGCAGGGAGGUGGCACAAAGACCUUGUGCCAGGCUGGACGGGACCUUAAUCCCUUUAACCCAGGAGGCGAUUCGAGUCCCAGGCUUCCACCACAUUCCUACCACACUCUGCAAUGGGCCCUUCCCAGAUCAGCCCCAGGAUGCUGGUAUAGCACGAGGCCACCGUGAUCUUGAGGACCUGUGGAAGGACUUCAUUUCCAGCUGGGACAUCCUUCACCUCCUCUUUCCUGGCAGAGGCGAUGGAUGCCCACGUGGACCUCCUGACAGAGCUGCAGCUGCUGGACAAGGUGCCCACGCUGGAGAGGCUGCGGGCAGCCCAGAAGCGGCGGGCUCAGCAGCUGAAGAAGUGGGCACAGUAUGAGAAGGAGAUGCAGCACAAGAAACGGAAGCAUGAGAAGAAGAGAAAUGCUGUUAACCAGAAGAAAGUGUCUUUUGAAGCCAGUGUUGCUCUGCUGGAGGCCUCUCUGAGGAACGACUUGGAGGAAGUGUGCUACCUGCUGAAGAGCAACAUCAGCCCCGACCUGUGCAAUGAAGACGGACUAACCGCACUGCAUCAGUGCUGCAUAGACAACUACGAAGAGAUAGUCAAGCUUCUCCUCAACCACGGGGCCAACGUCAACGCCAAGGACAACGAGCUGUGGACUCCCUUGCACGCAGCAGCUACGUGUGGUCAUAUCAACCUGGUGAAGAUCCUCAUCCAGCAUGGAGCAGACUUGCUGGCAGUAAACGCGGAUGGCAACAUGCCGUACGACCUCUGUGAAGACGAGCCAACCCUGGAUGUCAUUGAGACUUGCAUGGCCUAUCAGGGAAUUACACAGGAAAAAAUCAAUGAGAUGCGGGCUGCCCCGGAGCAGGUCAUGAUCUGUGACAUUCAUGACAUACUUGCGACUGGACAGGACCUGAACAGGACUGAUGCCCAGGGUGCUACGCUGCUGCAUAUAGCCGCAGCCAAUGGGUAUCUGCAUGCAGCUGAAGUCCUCCUUGACCAGGGGGCAAGCCUGGAUGUUAAGGACUGGGACGGCUGGGAACCUCUUCAUGCUGCGGCCUUCUGGGGACAGAUGCAGAUGGCUGAGUUGCUUGUGUCCCAUGGGGCUAGCCUGAGUGCCAGGACAUCUUUGGAUGAGAUGCCAAUAGAUCUCUGUGAAGAAGAGGAAUUCAAAGUCUUACUUCUGGAGCUGAAACACAAGCACGACGUGAUCAUGAAGUCGCAGAUGAGGCACAAAUCCUCCCUGAGCCGAAGGACCUCCAGCACCGGCAGCCGGGGGAAGGUGGUGAGGAGGGCCAGCCUGUCGGACCGAACAAACCUUUACAGGAAGGAGUGCGAGAAAGAGGCCAUCGUCUGGCAGCAGCUGGGGGCUGCAGAAGAAGGAAGGAAUUCAGGUCUCAUUGGAGAAAUGGGAGAGACUCGGUCUGACCAGGAGAAUACAGACCCCAAUUCAGUGCUGGAGAACUCCUCCCUCCUUCCAGAGUUGGCAAACAAGAGCACCCAGUGUGACUCUGAAAUCCCCCUCCAGAAUGGACUCAUGGCAUCGGCCAGCACUUACCAGUACACCUUCUCCAACGGGGACAUCUGGAGCAUGCACGCUGACCCCGACGGCAGCCCAGGCCAUGUGCUGCCCUACGGCAACCCCGGGCUCCCCAACACGCAGCAGUUCUGGGGUGCCUACAAGGAGCACAGCCACCAGACGCUCUCUGAACUGAAGCGGCAGCGGGCUGCGGCCAAGCUCCUCAACCACCCCUUCCUCAGCACCCACUUUGGCAGCGGCAUGGCAGGAGUUGCCGAAAACGGGGGCGAGGCCAAGUCGCACCUAAUCGGAUCCAGGACUUCUCCCUACAGCUCCAAUGGGACCUCGGUGUAUUACACGGUGUCCAGUGGUGAGCCACCCCUCUUGAAAUUCAAAGCUCCCAUGGAGGAAAUGGAAGAGAAGGUGCAUGGGUGCUGCAGAAUUUCCUAGUCUUACCUGCUACUUGCCCCAGAGGAAACGAGAAGUGGGUGGGCUGGUUGGAUCUAUCACUGUGGCCAGGUUGUUGGCGUUCCACGGGGAGGAUCUGGUUACGGACAUCCUGACUGUGUCGGCCUCGUUCGUCUUGAAUUGUACUUUACCCAGCCAAUUACUUCCAUUGAAGUUGAUUGAGUAAUGCAGGUGGAGCAAGGCUCCCAGGAGAGGAAGGGAUAUGCAUCGGUAUGAUGUAAAAAGAGAUGCCCAUGUCUUUCCCCCUGGGGAAGAAAGUAUGAGCUGCUUCCCCAUCCUUGAGGAGUCAUGGGAUGGCUUGAAAAGAAGAAAUGAUCUGAAUUAAAAUAUAUUUGCAUCUGAGCCUCUUGCUGCAAGCCACCACGCUUCUGGAGGGUGACAGUUCAGACCUGAGUUUUCACUCUUGGGUGAUGCACAUAUCCUGGAGGGGUGGUCAGCCCCAGCACGAGGUUUGCACGAGUGGACGGAGCUGUUUUCCCUGCAGCUGGAUCCUGCAUCUACGGGGGCUGAGCAACAAGCAAGUGUGGAUGCUGCGCCUGCUUUAGGGAGUUCGCGAGGUGUUGUCUCCUUACAGUGCCAGCUCACCAUCAGAAACUGUGCACUGGCUGGGUCCUGUUCUGCUCAUGUGAACUCGUCAUGCAGACUGCCACCAGGUUUUAAGCAGAACUCUUCCUGGAACAGGCUUCACUCAACAGGCUUUAAAACCGGUGUUGCAAUAAGGGGCCCUGGCAAUAGAAUUUUACUGCAAUAAAAUACUGGCAAAGGUCUAUAUUGGGAUAAGUAAUUUAAAACACUUAUUUGUACUAUUUAGACUUUAAUUUGUCUAAAACUGAAAAGACUUCUGAUCUCACUUUCCUUUUGGUUCUGUUUAUUCUGUAUGCUCAACACAGAUACUUGGGGCAGUGUGCUUUGUGUUCAGAUUUUUCUGGAUUUCCAGAACCACAGGGCUUGGGAGGGAAGAGGAGGAAAGGCUUGCCUGCACUAACCUAGAAAAGUGUGAAAAUAUUCUAACCUCCCUAGAUAUUACGACACUUAGGUUAACCUACAGUCUUUGGCUGAUGAAUAACUGUUAAGUCAUUGCUUUGGUAGUUGAACACUGCAGCAGGACAGGAGACUUUUUGGCUUUUUCCUGCUCCCGUGAUGAAAUCAUCACCAUCAGUAGCUGUCAGAAUGGGGCUUAAGUGCCUCUGUGUGCAAGGGCACCCAGCACCACACCGUACUCAGCAAAGCCUCUCUGCUGUAGAGAGGUUGGCACUCCAACACCACUGCAUUAGUGUAGUUCAUGUAGCUCUGACGUAGCUGAGAAACUCCUGCAUGGUAUAACGGGGUUUUGGCACCGGUGUUUCAGCAAGUCAUGUUUUUUGUGUACCUGGGUGAGGUUGAAAGGAAAGUGCCCUGUGGGAGCCAGCUCCGAGGAACUGGCUACAGCUGAGCUAACAAGUUGCAUCUGCAGAAAUACUUGUAGAUGUCCAAACCUUUUCUGCACAGCGGCUGUCCCACAGAUAACUAUUUCUGUGAGUAUGUCAUCUUGGGCAGCUGAAAUCCCAGACUGCAAACACACGCCUGCUUGGGGCUCUGUAAGCCACUGGUGGAUUAAUUCACGCUCACAGCAGCGUAAUUGUGCUUCAGCCGAGCAACAGAAAAUGCAGCUUCCACCCGUCAUCCUUUUAGCUGGCAGCUGUUAGACCGUAUUACACUUCACACGUACGCUUCCCCUCUGGAAAUCCCCACAGCCUUGCCUUUUUCCAGACCAUAAAAAGUUGGCUGAGGCUGCCAGCGAUCAUAAGCCGCUACCCUCUGCUCCCCGGCAGCCAGAAGCAUCCUUCGCUCUCCACGUGCAGCGUUUUGGGCAGCUCCACGGAGGGAGGGAAGGCUCUCUCCUUCGCUCCCAGCACAGCCGUGGCAGUGUGCCCUGAGGUCUGGCCCCUCGCUGGGGCUGGCUGUGUAACGUCACAGGGCCACGGGCCUGUUCAGGAACGAACUGGGAAAUGGUGGCAGUCGGUCUGCUUAUUUAUUUAUUUAUUUAUUUAUUUUGCAGCCUCCCUUCUGUUAAGGGGUUUCUGUGUUCUGAAACAGAGAAGUUGGGCUUCUUCUGACACAGAGCCAGUAGCUUGUGCUGCCCUGUUCGUGGCUAAUGUGCCAGCUUCAGCUGAUGUCCCUCCGUUACUGGAAUGCAUAGUAUAAAUAUAAGACUAGAAAAUACUUCUUGUGCUUAACCUUAAGGGAAAUUAAAAGACUAUUGAAUAGAAAGAAGAUGGUUUAGUAACUGGACAAACUUCACAGCACCUGUGUGUAGUUACCAGGGGGUCUUCUGCUUACCUAGAGAUAAUUUGUCUGGCAUAAAACCAAGCGUAGCCUGGGUGUUACUGAGUGGGGAAAGAUGAUCUUCCAGAAGCCUCUGCUCUCCCACGGUGCUGGGAUUGCCUCCUCACAUCCAAACCCACGAGCAUUCUGGACUCAGUAGAGCAAAUGUUGGUGCUGUUACCCACCAGGUAGUAAGCGGUGCAAGAUUUGGCCCCGCUGAUGCCUUCCCUCCCGGAGGUAGGAGGAGUGGGGCCAUUUUCCUUCCCAGAGCAGUUUUGUGCUAUCGAGCGUACUGAACGCUACGUAGCUCCAUGCACAUGAAAAGGAGGCAGCUGGAUGCAAUGGUGUUAAGUAGUUAGAGGCUUGCUCUCACUGGCAGCUAUUGAUACAGCAAAGCUGUAGGACGCCAGUCCACAUCAGACAAAUAGCGUUGAGUUCAUUGGUACCUCACUUUGUUUAUGUGUGAAGCCCCAGAAAUUCAUUAUUUUAGCUGUGCUUUCAGCAAAACAACAAUUGAUUUACUAUCAGGAGAAAAAGGCUACAGGUUCUAGAUUCUAAAGCAUCCCAUUAACUGGACUUUGCACUGUAAGCUAACAUGCUCUCUGAAGUCAAGUGCUGUCUGAUCAAAUGUAAUCAAUUCUCAUUCAGAGGAGAGAAUCGGUAAUUGAUAAAUAUCCCAGGAUUUGUUUUGCAGCCAAGCCAAGUAUUUAUCUUCCACUGCACAGGAUGCAUCAGAGUGGGACUUGGGAAGACAGCUGAAGAGUGACCUAAAAUGGGUUCAUGCUGUUGUAUUGGUGACAUUUCAGAUGUAACAGUCGCUGCCCACGGGGCACUGGCAAAUAAGCUCAGGGAAGGAGCUGAUAAUUUAUGCUGCCUGAAGAGCUGUUGGCUGGAGGUCUGGGAUGAGCGGUUCAGUACAACGGGUAUUCAGCCUGCUUCUAAAGUGCUGUAGAGACAAACAGGCUUUGGGGGGAGCAAUAAAAACAUAGAUGUUCUUGUACGUGCAUUGCAGGAGCCUACUUCUCGGAACAGGGCUUUUCAUUGUAAAAUCUAGCAAUGUUACAAUAAUAGUGCUCUCCAUUAUCUGUGCAUUUUAAUAAGACCAUCCCAGUGGAAAGCUCUCGAGUACAUAGCAGAAGGCACCUUGGCUAAAUCACUGGAUCUUCAUUUUACUAAAAAGCUGUAGAAACUGUGAAUCGUAUUGUGACUGGCAAGAUAUCAAGCACUUGGCUUAUUAGAGGAAGACUUGGGGCCUUUACACCAUACUCAGUGACUCUAGGUGCUAUAAAGCUCUACGUACAGACUGAAGGUCAGAUCAGACCCCACUUCCAUCAGCUGUAAGCCGAAGGCUGUAGUUGGUGCAGGCUACAGAAAGAUCUGAGAACACGGGUGCGCUGACAGGGCUGCUGUAGGCAAAGCUGCACGUGGGAGUAACUUUUCUGCUUACAAAAUCUUCCAAAGUGCUAGUCGUAGUGUUUAUAGCAAACUAACUGGGUAUUGAGAGCAGCUUUACUUCCCAUGUCGAAAGACUUUAUUUAGGUGCAAAAAAAGUGUCUCAAAAUAAUGUAUCUGCUUUACUGAACUCCACCAGGAAAGUCCCAGCAAUGAAAUAUUAGUUAAGGGCUUCAGUGCUAUUGCUGUGAUCUGUUUGGCUUCAGAUCUGGGUCUGUACUUCAUGUACCAAGUGACGCUAUUUUAACUCAGUUAGCACCACUUCUGUGGUGCUCCAGAAUCUUAAAACCCUCCUGGUUUUGGUAAGAACUGACUCCAGCUGAUGCGAUUCUGCACCAUCUUGUAGGCGUGGUCGGGGAAUGACAUGGUUGAGGAAUUCCUGGUAGAGAAGGAGAAGAGCAUGGCAGGGCAAUAACGAAUCGGUCCAAUGUGCAGGGGAGGCGGUGAGUUCUCUAGUACGCUGAGCGAGUCUCAUUUCAUGGGGUUGCAGGUGAAAGCACUUAUAAUCUCCCAAUGGCAUAAACUCUGUUCGGUGUCCUUUUGCUUUAAUCUUGGGCUUCUGUUAACUUAAAUCAUCUAUGCUGAAACAAAAUUGGCCAUACCAUGAAAUAGGAAUAUCUGAACAGAGAAAGCAGUAGCACUGGUCUGUAGUGAGCCACAGAUUUACUGUUGUCUACCUGCUGGAAGGUGUCCGCCCUAUGUCUGGAUAUUUCUGUGCCUUAUCACACUUGCUAAAAUUAAUUUGGUUUCUGGUCUCUGGAACGUUUGCAGUGACUAUGCUGUGCUGUUCUUUAUUGCAAGAGGAAAGCAGUUCAGAGCAUGUAGGAUUCUGCAAUUUUCAUUCUUUCAUUUCUCUCAUGAUCACCAUUUCUAAACACGGAGAAUGGAAAUGAUCAGGAUCUUCAUUCCGGUUUAACAGAUCUUGUUGACCUAUUCAGUUAUAGCAGUUCUCCACAGAGUCCAGAAGAUACUUUGAGUAGCAGGGUCUAGCCUCUUACCACAGAACACAGUUAAUAUUUGGAAUUUAGUUUUGUUUUGUCUGUGGCUGUACAACAGAAUUCGUUGUUCCUGGCUGUUCUUCAGCUUUAUUCUGCUGUUUUGAUGUUGGCCAUGCUGGUAAUGGACUUGUCAGUGGCCCCGCAUGAUUCGAGUACCACUGAGUUCUUCAGGCAACAUCUGCCAUGGCAAAAAUAGGGCCCAGAAUAUUUUGCUGUAUUUCGACUGUGGAAGCUGUGGUAGAAGAGACAGCGCUCAAGAGACCUGUUCCAAAUCUACACCAAUACAAUUGUCUCCACCUGACCGGGACAUACGGGUUUUUAAAUGGUGCAAAUGCAGCCUUAGCAGUGCCACCUCGGCACGUUCAGCCUGCGGAUUGUGCUGCUGGCGUCCCGAGGGGACGAGGGGACUUCGUCAGCGCUGGCAGCCCUUGUACAGCUCGGUGCGACUGCUGCGUGUACAGGAUGUAACACACGAUGGCAAGCCUUCUGCAAUAAUUCGUAAUUCCAUCGAUCAGUAGUAAAUGAUGUACAAAUAAAACUUGAUGAAAUGUAUUUUAUGUGAAAAAAAAAUGUAAGAACUGUAUAUUGUAUUAGCAGCUUUGUGUAUAAAAUGGCAUUUUGGCAAUCAGAGUCUAAUAUAUUUAAAACUUUUUUUUUUUUUUUAAAAAAAAAAGGAUAUUUGAUAUUGUAUGGAACUGACUUUAUUGCUACUGUAAGUAUGAAAAGGUGGUUUCUUAACAUGUUGAAGCAAUGCAUAAAAUCAUAAAUUGUAUGUAAAACCCAUGCCAAAAGGGUAUGUCUGACAGUAUUAGUACCUGACUUGUGUCUUUAAUAGAGAUUGAAUUUUUUAAUUUAAAAAUUAUAUUAAAUUUCUUAUAAUAAUAC